CGACAACAACCACGCUGUAAAUCCCCACAUCUCCGGGUUGGACUAACGUUAUCAGCGGGCAUAAAACAGUACUAACACUACCUCACAGUCAACUGGAAAUAGGGUGUUCGCCACACUCAGUGCUAUGGGGGCUACAAGGAGAUCUCAUGUGUCCUAUUUCAUCCUGCUAUUUCUGUUGCCAGUUGCAGCUUGCUUGUACUGCUACCAAUGUGGCAGCACAGGCUCAGAAGGAUCCUGUAAAACGGAUACCAAGACGAUGGUAAAAUCGGCCAACGACAUUUUAAAUAACACCAGUCCAGAUGAAGAAGUACAUGUAGUAGAUCUAGAUACAGACUCUGAGGGAAGGACCCUGCCCUACAUCAAGAAGUGUCCCAACUCUAGGAAUGUGUGUAUGAUCGAAACUGUUGAGGCUGCACAGACGUCGGACAUUCUUAGCUACAUCCGGGACUGCUCUGACGGGGAGACGUUCUCGUUCGGAAACUUGUCCAUGCUGCAAGGCAUUGAGCACAACAACUUCAGCACGUGUGCCUACGACACUCGCGGAUACAUGACCUGUGUCACCACCUGCCAAACAGACUUCUGCAAUGGACCAAAGGCCGGUGCCACCUCACUGAUGAUGUCGGUCGCUCUCCAGAUUGCCUGCCUGUUGUGUGUCUUCAGAAUGACGUGCACGUCUUUGUAAUGGCG